GUGGCAUGGCAGAAAACAAGAAGAUGGAUGAUGACGUCACCGUUGUUGUAGAUAAACCAGAUAAUGUAAAACUGAAGCGAUCUAUUGGUAUUGUAACCAGUAUCACCAUCAUAGUAGGAUCAAUGAUUGGCUCAGGAAUAUUUGUCAGUCCUACUGGUAUUUUACUGAAUGUCAGAAGCAUUGGAGCUAGUCUAAUUAUAUGGGUUGCAUGUGGGAUCUUCAGUAUGCUCGGAGCGUACUGUUAUGCAGAACUUGGCACGAUAAUUGAGCGAUCCGGAGGGGAUUAUAUUUACGUAUAUGAAGCAUUUGGACCAUUUAUUGGAUUUUUGCGUUUAUGGAUGGAAGUAAUGGUCGUAAGACCUGGAACUAUCGCUAUUGUGGCUUUGACAUUUGGGGAGUAUGUUGUUGUACCUUUGUAUCCAGACUGUCCACUGCCCUUUACAUUGAUCAGGAUUUUGGCAGUUUUAUGUAUAACAUUUCUAAGUUUCGCCAAUUCGUUUUCAAUCAAAUUUUCAACCAGAAUACAAGAUAUAUUUACACUUGCGAAACUUGCCGCUCUUAUAAUGAUCAUUAUAACCGGAUUUGUACAGAUUGGAUUUGGUCGUUAUGAAGGGCUGAAAGAACCUUUCGUCGAUUCGGACUGGAGUCCUGGUAAAAUAGCCAAUGCAUUUUAUAGUGGUUUAUUUGCUUAUGCUGGCUGGAAUUACUUAAAUUGUAUGAUUGAAGAAAUGAAGAACCCCAGGAAACAUUUGCCCAUAGCAAUUGUGGUAUCGUGCUUACUAGUGACUCUAGUUUACACAGCUGCUAAUGUAGCCUAUGUGACAGUUGUACCAGUUGCAGAGAUUUUGACCACAAGAGCUGUGGCUGUGACAUUUGCUAAUAGAAUAUACGGAAUGUUUUGGUGGAUAAUGCCAAUAUUUGUUGCUUGUUCAACGUUUGGGAGUGCUAACGGAACUAUAUUAACUACAUCGAGAAUAUUUGUUGCUGCUAGUCAGCUCAAACAAAUGCCAGCGUUUAUCAGUUACUUGCACACGGAUCGAUUAACACCUAUUCCGGCUGUUCUGUUCACUUGUAUCGUAUCAAUAAUUUACUUGCUUGCUGGAGAUAUUUUCACACUUAUGAAUUAUAUGGGUUUUGUUCAAUGGUCGGCAGUUGGUCUUUGUGUUCUGAUUGUAGUAAUUUUCAGAUUUACUCGUCCUAAUCUUCGACGUCCGGUUAAGGUUCCUAUAAUAUUCGCCAUAAUCUACUUAGUAGUUACUGCAUCUCUGUUAAUUUUCUCUUUUUAUGGAUCACCUCAAGAAUCAUUAUAUGGUAUUUUGAUCAUUUUAACCGGUAUACCGGUUUACAUACUCGGUUGUGCGUGGAGUCCUAAACCGAAAUCAUUUCAGAAGAAAAUGAUAAACAUCACGAUUGGAUUACAAAAACUCUUCCGUAUUGUACCAUCCAGUUGA